UUGUUUAGAAAAACUUGCUGGAAAAAGCAUGGCAGUAUUAGCACAAAAUGUUUUACCACAACAGCACGAUUAGAAACAGGGGUAACAUCAGAUAAUAUUUUCUCACUAGAAAACAAAACCAGAUGUUUGAAGCAUUUGAAUCAAGUCAAACCUGUAAGAUGGCUACCAAAACAUAUCAACCCAGACACUUUGAGAAAGUCCAGUGUUUUAGUGCCAUUCUGUACUGUGAAAGGGGAACCAUCAGUCAUACUAACACUCAGGUCAAAGAAGCUAGCAAAUCACAGUGGGGAAGUCAGUUUUCCAGGAGGCCUAAUGGAUGAUACAGACAGGGAUCACAUCCACACUGCUCUCAGGGAGACAGAAGAGGAGUUGGGUCUUUCUCCAGAUAAUGUCGACAUCUGGGGACAGCUGAUUAUGGUCCCAGGCAAGGAUUACAAGAUCUUGGUCGCUCCUGUAAUAGGUGUCUGUGGAGAAAUAGAUGUAAAUCAACUAAGACAUAAUGAAGAUGAGGUGGAGGAAGUGUUUACAAGGACAAUUAAAUCUCUCUCUGAUCCUGCCAAUCAACUGACAAUAAAGUAUCCAAAAGGUUUUUCAUUGCCUGAGUAUCUAGGAGGACCACAUAGGAUAUGGGGACUAACUGCUAUUGUGCUACACCAGACAUUAUCUCUUAUUGCUCCAGGGAUUUACUCAAAUUCAUUCAAAAUACCAGUCCCAAUUGAAAAAAGCCUAUGGAAAAUCAUCUCCAAUUAUCACUAUUGA